AUGAAACAAUCUAUUCUCACAUCUGCUCUUGCUCUUGCGGUAUCAUGCGCAGCAGUUCCAUCCGCAGACAAUUUGAUCAGCGUUCCUGCUGGACUAUGCGCGGGUAUAAUUGGAGAGGUUCAGUGCAAAACGGAGAGCAUCUCUAAUGGCUUAAUCAAUGUGCCCAUAAGUGCGUGUGUCGCUGCCAUUGGAGAGGCCAGAUGCAACCAGGCCACUUCAUCCGGCGGCAGCUCCAUGAUCAAUGUGCCGAUCAACAUCUGUCUGGCUGUUCUCGGAGAAUCAGAGUGUGACCAAAAGUCUCAGGCUACUGGUGGACUUGUUGACAUUCCAAUCAAUCUGUGCCUGGCUGUUUUGGGGGAGGCUGAAUGCCAGUAUGGAUCUGGUGACCAGUCUUCAACUUCGUGUAUUAUGUCUACUACCCCUGCAACAUCCGCCACUCCGAUUCCAAGCCCGACUGGAACUGCGACUUCGUCUACUCGGCCUGUGGGAUCCCAUUCCAGUUCCAUUGUCACCCCUGUUCCCAGCUCAUCGGGAGCUGCUGCCCCUACAAGCACCCCACUGACGGGUCCAUCCUCUGCUGGAGCUAAGACAACCGUUACUUCCACGAUCACACGAACAACAGUUGUUUGUCCUUGUGCAGGAACAUCCACCACCUCUCAAACCUCUACUAUCCCUAAGACUUCUUCAAGCGGAAGUUGGAACACGCCUACCGCAAGUCCUAUCCCCUACAAUGGAGCAAACAGCAACUCUGCAGUCUCUGUUCUUGCGGUUGUUCUUGGAACUCUCUAUGCUGCGAUUCUGCACCUCUAA